CAAACCCCACCCUUUGUCUACCCUUCUCUCUCUCUUUCUCUCUAACAUGCAGAGACAAUCUCUUGGCUCUCCAGUCUCCAAGCUCCACAGCCAUGGAGGAGACGAUACUAUUGUAGCGGAAGAUCCGAGACGCAGAGUUGCGGAAGACGACGACGACGACGGCGGCGAGCGCAAAGCAACCAAGCCUCGCCGGUUGUCGUUCUCGCCGUCGUCUUCUCCACCGUCGCCGUCGGCUUCCAGGCCUGAGAAGUUUAUUCACCUCAUUCCGGUUCUCACUCUUCUCUGCUUCCUCAUCCUCUAUCUCUCUUCUCACGCUCCAUCUCAAUCAGAUUUGGCUCAUUUUGCUCAAUUCAAGCGCUCCUCUAAGCAGCUAGAUUCAAGUGAUGAAAUCGGCGAUGCCAGUGAAUUUGUUGAGCUCCGUAAAGGAGAUAUUCUGGCGAUUAGAAGCCUGAGGAAUCUGCAGGUGCUUGAAAAGCAAACGCCGAAAUCCAGGCCUCACCGAAAAAUUGCCGACUUUUAAGCCGCGUCUUCGGGUCAUAUUUCUCCUUUUUCUUCAUGCUCUCUCUCUCCUAUUUCUCGCCUUCUUCCCAGGGCUAACCAUAUUUGCUCACGCGCCGCUGCUACUUCCACGCGCGUGACAUAUUUUGUUCCAUUCUUUUGCACGUGUAAAUCAAAAAUCCAUGGUAAUUUGUUUCCUUAAGGACCGAGCAAGCGUAUAUCUCGCUGGCGCCUUCAUGUGUGGCGAUGUUCAGUUGAUUUAUCCUCUUCUUCAAUGAGAUAAUUAUUUCCUUCCCAAAAAAAAAAACAAAAAAGUCAAUUUCUAUUAUUUCACAAUAUACAGCUAAUAAUUAGCUAAACAUGAAAAAAUAAAAAUAAAAAUAAAAUCUGUUGCAGGCUAGAGUGCGCCAAUUGUGUGGCGUAACUGCGCAAGUUCCGUAUGGGUGGUGCUAGCAUGCGCUGGCUGGUACUAUAUGAUGGAAUCCAGCUGGAAAUUUGUACCGUUACAACACCUCGGGUUGCGGUUUGGGUUUUCUUAGCCUGAAAAAAGUUGUACCGAUCCUUUUAGUACUCUAUGUAUCCUCCCAUUCAGUUUUUCCAGGGUGUAUUAUUUUUUUUAAAUAAUUAUUUUUUAAGUCA